AUGGUUGUUGCUUGCCGGUUCAAGGCUAGCCUGAGCUUUCAAUUGCGACGCUUCGCCUGUGAAAGGGGUGCAAGCUUUCCAUUAUGUAAAUGUCAAGCAUCCUCUGCAGAAAAGCAUCAUGCAAUGGAGACAUGGCUCAAGUCGAAGGCAGAUCAAUUGGCACAGGCGGCCCAAGAUCACGUGUCCGCUGUGCAGCAAUCUGCUUCAAAGCUGGCGGUUGCCUUUGAUCCAGUGGGAGCGCCACCGGACGACUUGAAGGAUGUGGAGUUUCGGGACGGACCUCUCGGCUUUACCUUGGAGGGCAACCUUGUGGUUGCUGUUCAGCCGAGCUCGCAGGCUGAGCGGCUCGGGGUGGAGAUUGGUGAUCGCCUUGUCAAAAUUGACGGCUACGAGGUCCCGAGGUACGAGACGGAAUUCGAAGAACAGCGUGCUCGCAAAGUCAUCGCAAAGUGGCUCAAGGAGAUGCCUCGUCCAGCUAUCCUCACCUUCGAACUGCAGCAAGAUCUCGGCGAGGAAGUGGCCAAAGAGACGCCGCAGCCUCGCUCCGAAGAGGCCAUGGCUGUCUGCUCUGGAUUUGGUCGCACCUCAUCUGAGCGAGGCGCCCAAAGCCGGCGCCGUGCAGGUUCUUCAGAUGCAGAGCUGCAGCGCACACAGGAGGAGCGCAAAAAGCUGGCAGCCGAGCUCAAGGAGAACGACAGUUCGGACAGCCAGGAGGCCUGUGGCCAGUUGUCAGCUCAAGUGGAGUCCCUGAAGAAAGAGUCUGGGCCGAAUCUUCGCCGACUGUCUGAGAUGGAGGAGCAGUUGCAGACGCUGCGCACACAGAACAAGGAGUUGGUCAGCGCCGUCAAUGCAAGUUCCGCAAGCCGAGCUGACGAGGAGUUGCUGAAGCUUCGACAGGCGCUGGCAGCCACACAGGAAGCCAGCCAAGCUGCGGUGCAGGCAGCACAAGCCAAGACCGCAGCCGCAGAGGAUAAGUAUUCGGAGCAACAGCAGGAGGUGAAAGCGCUGAUGCUGCAAGUCGCAGAUCUCACGGAACAGGCGGAAAGCCGCCGGCUGCAGAUCGAGCCCAUGGAGAAGGAUUAUGCGGUGUUGCGUUGUGGAGUCGAAGGCUUUCAGGCUGCCCAUGAGGCUGAGCUGGAUCUCUUCCGCGAGGAACAAGCUAUGCGGAAAGAGCAGCACCAGCAGGAGAUUCAGGAGCUGCAGCUUCGUCUGGGGGAGCAGCAGAUCAAGGCCGAGCGAGAACUACAAGAUGCACAACUACAGCUGCAGAAGUCCAAAGAGGCUCUGCAGGAAGCCCAAGUCAAUGCCGAAGCCGCGGCUGUCGAAGCGACUGCUGCAAGGCGUGAAGUUGAAGCUCUUCGCUCCAACCAGUGUCUGGAGCCUGAAGCGCUGCAUGCAGAGCCUAAUGGUGAAGAGGAUCGUGCAGAUCCUUCUCCCAUGCUUGGCGAUAGUCUUCAGGUACUGGAGCUGCGCAAGAGGAUCAAUCUCUUGGAGACCAGGCUCCUCGGAGUUGGCACAGAGUGGAGUGAUGGCAGUUUCUAG